GCCGCUGGACUCGGAGCUGAGUCUGACCCACUGGACCAGCCAGCUAACAGCUAACACUAGCUAACUUCACUUAUUCUGACUGGUAGAAGUACGGCUAGCUAACGGCUAAAAGCUAACCCCAGCUUGAGUUGUAGUGAUCGGUAAUACACCAAGCUAACGGCUAACGGCUAACGGCUAGCUCCGGCUGGAUGUCAAGCUUCUCUCCGGUGUGUCUGACCGAUAGAAAAGCUAACUAACGGCUAAAAGCUAGCCCCAGCUACAGUUUUAGUGAUCGGUAAAACAGCAAGCUAACGGCUAAACACCAUCCAGAGUUGUUCUGACCGCUGAAGCACCGAGAUAACUGCUAACCCCGACUGGACUUGGACCUCGUCUGACUGAUAAUACAGCUAAGCCCCGGGCGGAGUUGGACUCCUCCGGACCCCGUGUGAACCUGUGGGCGGAACCGGGAACAGUAUGUGGGGCAUUUGCAGCAGAACGGUGGUGGCGAUGCCGAAGCCCUGUGGCCUCCUGAAGCCCCGUCACCUGGUGAAGCCGGUGUCGGCCACCCGGGUGGCGGGUCGCUAUAAGAGCCACCAGGAGGGGCUGCCCAGCCUGCCGGUGCCCCCCCUGCAGCAGACCUGUGAGCGCUACCUGACGGCCCUGGAGCCCAUCGUGGAGCCAGAGGAGCUGAACAACACCAGGAAGCUGCUGGAGGAGUUCCAGGAGGCCGGAGGACUCGGAGAGAAGCUGCAGAGAAGCCUGGAGAAGAGGGCCGGGAAGACGGAGAACUGGCUCUCAGCUUGGUGGGUUCAGGUCGCUUAUCUGGAAUACCGGCUGCCUGUCGUGGUUCAUUCCAGUCCCGGGUUGGUUUUACCUCGCAUGAACUUCAACGAUAAAUCAGGACAAAUCAGAUUCGCUGCCAAACUGAUUGCAGGCGUUUUGGACUUCAAGACGAUGAUUGACAAUGAGACGCUGCCGGUGGAGUAUCUGGGAGAGAAGCCGCUGUGCAUGAACCAGUACUACGAGGUUCUGUCAUCGUGUCGGAUUCCUGGUCUGAAGAGAGACUCGGUGGUGAAUCACGCCAAGAGCUCCAGACCCCCGAAACACAUCACUGUUGUUCACAACCACCAGUUCUUCGUCCUGGACGUCUACAACAGCGACGGGACUCCGCUGACUGCAGAUCAGCUCCAGGUUCAGCUGGAGAAGAUCUGCAAGGCUUCUUCAGAAACCAGCUCCGAACCCGUCGGCAUCCUCACCACCCAACACCGAGACUCCUGGGGAAAGGCCUACCAGAACCUCGUCAAGGAUAAGACCAACAAAGAUUCGGUCUCAGCCAUCCAGAGGAGCAUCUUCACUCUGUGUCUGGACGGAGCGACACCUCGAGUGUCGGACGAUUUGUAUCGCAGCUGUGCAGCCGUCCAGAUGUUGCACGGAGGAGGGAGUCGGUGGAACAGCGGCAACCGUUGGUUUGACAAGACGCUGCAGUUCAUUGUUGGAGAAGAUGGAACGUGUGGUGCUAACUAUGAGCACGCUCCAGCUGAAGGUCCGCCCAUCGUGGCCUUACUCGACCACGUUGUCGAGUUCAUGAGGAAGCUGGAGUUGGGUCAGUCCACCACCGGGUCUUUACCUUCGCCUCAGAAACUACGAUUCAACAUCACAGCUGAGAUCAGCAAGGACAUUGAGGAGGCCAAACACAGCAUGAACAUACUGGCCGAUGACCUGGACAUGAGGGUUAAAGUGUUCGGCCACUUUGGAAAAAAUGUCCCUAAAGCCCACAAGAUGAGCCCAGAUGCCUUCAUACAGGUGGCGCUACAGCUGGCCUACUACAGGUUGUACCGUCACUGCUGUGCCACCUAUGAAAGUGCCUCCCUGCGGAUGUUUCGACUCGGUCGUACAGAUACAAUCCGAUCAGCCUCAAGUGCCUCGGCUUCCUUCGUCAAAGCCUUCGAUGACCUCAGCAAGCAGAACACAGAGAAGGUCAGUCUCCUGGAUAAAGCUGUCAAAGCUCACCGGACGUACACUAACAUGGCGAUCAGCGGCCAGGCCAUAGACAGACAUCUGCUGGGCCUGAAGAUGCAGGCGAUGGAGGAAAACAUUUCUGUGCCUGAUGUUUUCAAAGAUGCUGCGUAUGCUAAAGCCUUACACUACAAGCUCUCUACGAGUCAGGUACCGUCUAAGACCGACUGCGUCAUGUGCUUCGGUCCGGUCGUACCCAAUGGUUACGGCGUCUGCUACAACCCCAUGGACGACCACAUCAACUUCGCCGUGUCGUCCUUCAACACCUGUAAGGAAACCAACUCAGCACAUCUGGCUGGGGCAGUGGAGGAAGCUCUGCUGGACAUGAGGACACUGUUGGAGCAAACACCAAGAGCCAAACUGUGAAGAUGUUUCCUGUCCAACCUCUGCUACUGGUUUGAACGUCCUGGUUCUAGACGACCCAGUUAGUGGUCAAAGCCAGCACUGAGUUUUCUUCCUAGAUUACACAUGAUCACGUGCACUUUAAAUGAUGCUGAGAUUCCUGCUGCAUUAAGACUGAUCACACGCAGAAUUUCUGUUUCAAACCUAAACCUAGACGAAGAUCCUGUUUACAGCAGAGAACUUCUGUUUGCCAGUAGAAUCAUCUUCUGAUGGAUGUAAAUGGAUGUUUUCUUGUCAACUAAUGACCUGAUGAGUCCAAGAACCAACAAUCACUGAGUUCUAGAGCAAUUAAUCAAUCUAACAAAUAUUAAAUGAGAUUUUUAAUAAAACUUUUCUGAUGAAUCUUUA